GCACCUGAUGGACCUAUGGCUUUCCGAUACAUUUCGAGAUUGCACUUCGCUGUCCUGCCACCGUGCUUAGCUAUUUCGAGUCGACCCAACUGGACUCAUCUGAUGGGCUUUGGGCUGAACUUCAAUAGACAAAUGGGCCCAUUUUCAAGCCCAGACCCAACUGGGCUCAUCUGUACGCAACAAAAGUUCUAUAAUCAUCGACGCUCAACACCCAGCACACGUGUCAGCCCCACAAAGCUCCCGACAGAUUAUACAGCACCGGAAACGGAAAUGCCGGCUCUGACAUCAUCGGUGUUUCCACUCUUCCCUUUUCUCCGACGGAAUCGAACCCCAAGCAGACACUCACUCCCCGCCUCGAUCAGCUCCUCCUCUUCGUCAAUGGAACCUGACCAGAGCCGGAACCGGGUGGUCGUCUGCGGCGGCGGCGUGAUCGGCGUCUGCACCGCCUACUUCCUCUCCAAGAGGGGCGCCGCCGUGACCCUGGUGGAGAAAUCCUCCGUCGCAUGCGCUGCCUCUGGUAAGGCCGGCGGCUUCCUGGCCCUCGAUUGGUGUGACGGCGGCCCAGUUCAGAACCUGGCCCGGGCGAGCUUCGAGCUCCACCGCUCCCUCGCGGCGGAACUCAACGGCCCCGAGUCGUAUGGUUACCGCGCGCUCACCACCCUCGGGUUGACCGUCACGGAACCCCGAGAGAGGUCCGAUCCAGUCACUCCAUCUGGUUCGAAGGUCUCCGGUUUGCCCGAGUGGGUGGACGGGCCGGCCAAAGGAAUCCGUGUCAUCGGGUCGGACCAGACCACGGCGCAGGUCCACCCGCAGCUCUUCACUCGGACGUUACUGUCCAAGGCUGUGAACGAUUACGGGCUCGAGGUUGUGAUAGGGAAGGUACAGCAGGUCGAUACGGUAGGCGGGCGAGUCCAGGCGGUGGUGUUGGAGGGCGGGCAGGCCAUGGAGGCUGACAGCGUCGUCCUGGCGCUUGGGCCGUGGUCAGGGAAGUUCGGGCUUGUGUCGUCUCUUUUCGGGGUCUACGGGCUUAAGGCCCACAGCAUUGUGUUGGAGCCGAAACAGCCCGACGCAAUCACGGCACAUGCGCUAUUUCUGAGCUUCAUCCCCCGGGACGGGGGAUUGCCGAUGGACCCGGAAGUGUAUCCUCGUCCUACAGGCGAAGUGUACAUAUGCGGUAUGUCCUCUCGGGAAGAAGUGCCCGACGAUCCUGAGCAAAUCAGAGGCAAACCGGAGUCCAUCAAAGUGCUGAAGGAAGUGGCCCGGGCCGUCUCAACCCAGCUGGAUGAAGGGGAGGCUCGAGUAAGGGCAGAGCAGGCAUGCUUCCUGCCCUGCACGGAUGACGGCAUUCCCGUCAUUGGGGAGCUUCCUGAUGUGAAGGGGUGUUAUGUGGCCACAGGACACAGCUGUUGGGGCAUCCUCAAUGGUCCUGCCACGGGGGCUGCCAUGGCUGAGCUCGUGCUAGACGGGCGGGCUGGUAUCGUGGACCUAACUCGGUUCAGCCCCUCGAGAUUUGUUUCCAGUAGAAAGAAAUAAUAUGCAGCGAGUUCCUGACUACGGUUCUCCAUUCAUGAAUUCUACUUUUAGCACGUGUACUGUCAAUUUGCCUGGAUCGUGUAGAUUAUACCAAUAAAUCGGGUGCCUUAAUUAAUAAUUAACAUUGAUUCAAGAAAUGAACUACUCCGCAUUUGGUCUC